GAAAAAGAGCUGCAUUUCAAAUUCAAAAGCCUCCAAAAUUUCUGGCCUUCCUUUGCCUUGUGUCGAACUCGAACUUCUCUUCAAUUUUCUCUCCCUCUCUUUCUCACACACAGAAUCAGAGAGAGUCAAGCUAGGGGCGGAGAAGCCUUGAUUUCAUGGAUGCGGCGGUAGUGGAGCUUGACAGUGAGAGCAAGAGCAACAGUAUUGGUAGCCACGGUCAACGGCGCGUGGGUUUGCUGUAUGAUGAGAGGAUGUGUAAGCACUACACUCCAGACAAUGAUUACCAUCCUGAGAACCCAGACCGGAUUAGGGCUAUUUGGAAGAAGCUCCAGAACGCUGGUAUUCCUGAAAGAUGUGUGGUUUUGGAUGCCAAAGAAGCUGAAGACAGAUAUUUACUGUCUGUGCAUUCAAAAAAUCAUGUAAAACUGAUUAAGAAAAUCAGCUCGAAACAGUUUAAUUCACGGAGGAAUAGGAUUGCAUCAAAAUUGAGUUCUAUUUAUUUUAACGAGGGUUCUUCAGAAGCUGCUUAUCUUGCUGCUGGCUCUGUUGUUGAGGUUGUUGAGAAAGUCGCAAAGGGGGAAUUGAAUUCUGCUGUUGCUAUUGUCAGGCCUCCAGGGCAUCAUGCAGAACAUGAUGAAGCCAUGGGGUUCUGUCUAUUCAACAAUGUGGCCGUUGCAUCAAGUUAUCUCCUAGAUGAAAGACCCGAAUUAGGUGUGAAGAAAAUUUUAAUUGUUGAUUGGGAUGUUCAUCAUGGAAAUGGCACUCAAAAAACGUUCUGGAAUGAUUCUCGUGUUUUAUUCUUCUCUGUUCAUAGGCAUGAAUUUGGGAGUUUCUAUCCAGCAAAUGAUGAUGGUUUUUAUACGAUGAUUGGAGAAGGACCAGGCGCUGGAUUUAAUGUUAAUGUGCCUUGGGAAAAUGGGCGAUGUGGUGAUGCAGACUACCUUGCAGUUUGGGAUCACAUCUUGGUCCCUGUUGCCAAGGAAUUUAAUCCGGAUAUAAUUAUAGUAUCUGCUGGAUUUGAUGCAGCUGUCGGUGACCCUUUGGGAGGAUGUCGUGUCACCCCAUAUGGUUAUUCAGUUAUGUUGGAAAAGUUGAUGAAUUUUGCACAAGGUAGGAUUGUGCUGGUGUUAGAAGGAGGAUAUAAUCUUAAUUCAAUAGCAAAUUCAAUGCUUGCUUGUGUGGAAGUUUUACUAGAAGAGAAGUCUAUUGCAGGAUCCUCAGAGGCCUAUCCAUUUGAGUCUACAUGGCAUGUUAUACAAGCGGUCCGCCAGCAAUUAAGUCCAUUCUGGCCAACACUUGCCAGCAAGUUACCUGAAACUUUGAUUUGUCAAAUAGCACCACCUCCGCAUACUCUGAUCUCAAGCUCUGAAUCUGAGACGGAGGAUGAUAAGGGUCCAAAGAUUUCUGAGAAUCUGGAAGAGCUACUUCAGGGUGUUAUAGAGCCCCUUUCCAAGCUGAAUGUUGAUAUAGACAGUCGUGAUCAACCAACUUCUGCUACUUAUUCAUGGCGAUCAGAACUCUCGAAUAUUUUCAUAUGGUAUGCCUCAUAUGGACUAAAUAUGUGGCAAUCAAGAUUUCUGUGCUACAUAGCGGGCGGAAAGGUGGAAGGCAUGCAAAUGCAAUGUUCUGGUGCAAUGGACACAAAGCCACCGAGGGAGAUCCUGUGGAAAACAUUCCCUUGCCGUCUCUUUUUUGGUCGUGAUUCCUCAUAUACAUGGGGUCCUGGAGCGCUUGCUCUCCUUAAUCCCGAAACGAGCAAUGAGGACAACACUUACAUGUGCCUGUACAAAAUUUCACUGGAGCAGUUAAAUGAUCUUUUACUUCUGGAAAAUGGUCGAAGUCAGAAUAUUGGUUCUCCCUUGUUCGACGCAACUGCCCUGAAUGUUACCACUAGCAAGGAAUUUGAUUCCCUGGAGGUUAUCGAGGGUGCUUGGUAUGGUAAUGUUGUAUAUUUGGGCAAGGAGCAGAAUAUUCCAAUUCUUACCGUGACAUGUUCACUUUCUAAUAUUGAAAGCUUCAAAUCUGGGAGGCUUCCUUUGCGUGCCCCUAAUAAAGCUUAUGCCAACACCUUAAUUAGAGGCUUAGUAGAAGGAGGACAGCUCUCAGAGGCGGAGGCUAUUGCUUACAUUGAUGCUGCUUCUGCUAAACCUUUAUAAUGACAGAUUGGCAUGUCAUAUCCUUUUGGUGUAAAUAUUUUGGAACUGUAACCUUUCUACUAAGUACGUAAAAAAUUGUUAGGUGGGGAUAGUUUGGUUCAUCUUUUGUGCUUCUUUUUUGGGUAUGAUUUUAGGACAUGACCCCUAAAAUAUUGAGGUGUGGUUUCCUAUGAAAGUGGAGAUAACUAUCAUUGGAUGUAAACUAGGAGUGUUUUGCUCUGGCACUCAAAAAUGAAACAGUUUCUAGAGGGCCUCGCAGGAGGUUUGAGAAAUCAAAAUGCCGCUAUUAUACGAGUUCUGAAUAAGAAAA